CCUCGCUUCAGCCUGCCUGGUAGAAGCACUAGUAGCUGUAGAGUCAAAGAGCAUUCAGCACCUUCCUAAUUCAUCCUUAGCUAUAUUUUUUCCCCCUCCUUAGAACUGAACUGGACUAAAACACACCAUCUGGAUGAACAGUCCUUCCGUUUAUUAUUUGUCAUUGAUGAGCUACAGAUAAGCUUCAGCUUGGCUGUUAACAGAGUUAAUCUGGUCAGAGCACCAGUCAUAGCAAACCAGAAUCCUCCAUCAGAGAAUUGUACAACUGGUGCAAUGCCAAACUUUGAAGCUCCAGAAGUCAAAAAAUUUGUUGCUUGGGACUAUGUUGUUUUUGCCGCACUGUUUUUGGUCAGCGCCAGCAUUGGAGUCUUUUUUGCAGUUAAAGAGAGGAAAAAAAAAACUUCAAAGGAGUUUUUGGUGGGCGGUAAGCAGAUGACAUGUGGACCCAUAGCUUUUUCUCUCACAACAAGCUUCAUGUCAGCAGUAACAGUCCUGGGGACACCCUCUGAAGUUUAUCGCUAUGGGGCAUCCUUUGUGCUGUUCUUUCUUUCAUACGCGCUUGUCAUCAUUUUUACUGCUGAACUUUUUCUGCCUGUCUUUUACAGAUCUGGCAUAACAAGCACUUACGAGUAUUUGGAGUUAAGAUUUAACAAGAUUGUCCGCCUUGCUGCAACGUUGAUCUACAUCCUGCAGACGAUCCUCUACACGGGAAUAGUGGUCUAUGCUCCAUCGCUGGCACUCAACCAAGUCACUGGAUUUGAUCUCUGGGGCUCUGUAGCUGCAACAGGAAUUGUCUGCACUUUCUAUUGCACUCUGGGAGGAUUAAAAGCUGUUGUCUGGACAGAUGCAUUUCAAAUGAUUGUCAUGGUGGCUGGCUUUCUGACGGUUUUGAUUCGAGGAACUAGUCUGAAUGGUGGAUCAACCAAAGUCUGGGAAGAUGCCCAUGAAGGAUCACGACUAAACAUAUUUGACUUUGAUGCUGAUCCUUUGAGACGACAUACCAUCUGGACAAUAGUUAUUGGGGGAACAUUUACGUGGCUAGGGAUCUAUGGAGUCAAUCAGUCCACGAUACAGAGAUGCAUUUCUUGCAAAUCGGAAAAGCAUGCUAAACUGGCACUCUACCUGAAUUUAUUGGGACUUUGGACAGUCCUAGCGUGUGCAGUAUUUUGUGGAUUGGUGAUGUAUUCCCAUUACAAGAGUUGUGACCCUUGGACUGCUGAUUUCAUUUCCGCUCCUGAUCAGCUCAUGCCCUACUUUGUCAUGGACAUUUUUUCUUCGAUGCCAGGAGUCCCGGGACUGUUUGUUGCCUGUGCAUUCAGUGGAACACUAAGCACGGUAGCUGCCAGCAUCAACGCUUUAGCAACUGUUACCUUUGAAGACUUGGUCAAGAAAGGUUUCCCAAACCUCUCGGAGAAGAUGAGCACGUGGAUCAGCAAAGGCUUAUGUGUGUUAUACGGUGUCCUGUGCACCUCCAUGGCUGCAGCAGCGUCGCUGAUGGGAGGAGUCGUGCAGGCUUCCCUCUCCAUCCACGGGAUGUGUGGGGGCCCCAUGCUGGGAUUAUUUAUGCUGGGAAUUGUGUUUCCUUGUGCUAACUGGAAGGGUGCUCUUGGAGGCCUCUUAGCUGGGAUCACCUUGGCUUUUUGGGCUGGUACUGGUUCUUUCAUUUACCCUGCACCACCAACAAAGUCCAUCCCUCUGCAACUGUCGACCCUCAACUGCACGCUGGCGAACGGCACCGCAUCGCUGACGACAGCAGCUCCCACGGCAGCUCCAGAGAGGCCUUUGCUGGCAGAAACCUGGUACUCCCUGUCCUACCUGUACUUCAGUGCCAUUGGCUGCCUGGGAUGUGCCAUCAUAGGGUUGUUGAUAAGCUACAUAACAGGACCUACUAAAGGAGAAGAUAUCCCACCAGUGUUAAUUAAGCCAGUCUGCAACCUGCUUUUCUUUUGGUCUGAAAGACUCAAAACUCUCCUCUGGUGUGGUGUGCGGCACGACAGCCUGGAGAUUGACUUUGAGAAAAAACUGCCUAAAGUUACUGCAAAUAAAGCCUUCAAGAAUAGUAUCAGCAAAGAAACCCAUUGCCAGAUCUCUGGUUACAAUCCUGAGGAAAAAUCCUAUACAAAUAUGAGCAGAGAAUCUCGCCUCUAGAAGCCGAGGGACAGGGGACAUUUAACCCAACUUUAGUUCUCCAGCUUCAGAGAUUAUGAACUUUUUUUAUUGCAUUUACUGGCUUGUAGGUGACCAAGAGGGAACAAUUGCUCUCUAUAGCAAUAAAGGCCAGAUUUUUAUUUAUUAAUUUCUUGGCAGAUCUGGGAAAUGAUCGGACAAUGGGAUUUUGGAAGUACUGCUGUUUCAGAAGAAAUGCUUAAUAAAUCUGGUUGUGGGAGCUCCCUCCUUGAAGCAGCUGCACUACAUCUGUAUCACAUGCUCUGUUCAGUAACUUGCCAUUGAGGGUAAAUGUGCAAAGGUGAAUUUGAGAUAAAAUAAGACUUUGGAGAAGUUUCUGAAGUCUCUCACUAAGGUGAGACUGUGAAUUGCCCUCUGAUGGAGGGAGAGGAGGGAGGUCAGGUUAAUCCUAUUCCCAGGUAUUGCAAAAAGCCUCCUCACACAUCAUUUACAUCUCAUGGCCACACACAUGAUUGACUAGGUUGUAUUAAGAAAACCUAACUAUCAUGCAUAAGGGCAUAAAAUAAUUCCUGAGUAGAAGUGUUUCAAAACACCAAUAUGAAGCUAUAUAGUCAGAUGGAGGAGGACAAAACCCUCUCUACUGGUAGCUGGAGGAUAUCUGAUUCAGAGACCUAGAACUGUGAAGAUAACAAAGUCUGCUCUGAAUAUUUAAGGCACUUGCUCAAUGCAGUAUUAUUAUGUUCUGCAUGCAUUUCACAAGUUUAGCAACAUUGGAUUCAUUACAAACUUAGUAUAUUUUGAAGUUGUUUGUCACAAAAGAGAAUCUUAAUUCUUCCAUUUAAUGUCAAAACCCAUGAUUUAUGUUGGCUAGAAUUUCAUUCUCUCCAAAUGCUGUUGAAGAAAUAUCAUGAAAAAUUUUUCUUCAUAUUUACAGAUUAGUUUUGUUUCAGCUAAAGCUGCUCAUUAAGCCCAAGUGUUUUCUGUAUUUGUAAUGGAGCCAGGCACGGGGUUUAAUAAGUCCAACAUGUGCACUUAAAAAUGAUGGCUAGAAUUGUUAAUCAGUAGUUCAUUAUUCAGUCUUUUAGCAAGAUUUAAGAAUAAGUCCUAACAAGACUGGAAUUCAGAGAAAUUACCAUUCUGAUCAAGUAUUCAUGUCAGUAUUUUUUACAAUUAUCUUCUCAUUUCCUUUAUAUCCUGAGCCACUGACCCUUCCAGGGAAGAGCUAGCCUGUCCACUGUGGUUGAAAAACUGAGAAUCAGAACAGGUAAAUUCUAAAGGAGCUUAAAUUUAAGAACUUGUUAGUCACUGGUGAAAGCAGGAGAUCAUAGAUGGCUAAAAAUUUCAAAACUGAAUCUAUCUGUGCCUUGAGAUCAAAGUAAUUGAGUAUUUAAUUGCUAUAAGUGCCCGAGCCUACCCUGAAAUUACUUCCUUGCAAUAGUAUGGUUUGAAGGCUCAUUAGCACUCACUUUUUAAGUUUACAAUUUUUUUUUAAAUUAACUUUGAAUAUUUGGAAUAAUAAAGAUCAAAGCCGCUUUCAAAGAUAUCCAAGUUUAUUACUGAAAAAAAUGCAAUAUUCAAAUGUGUAUGAUACAGUAAGUAGUUGCAUUUGUACAUGUAAACCUUGAUAAAGUAAACAGCAUCUCAAAGACAAACUUAUGCCAAAAGUGUCUUAAUCAGAUCUACAACUUUUUCCUCAGUGAAUUCUUUUAGUUCUGGGGUACAUACUGGCUUGCAAAAGUAAUAUUA